UCUCUCAGUAUCAUUUUACACACAGAAUAAAUACCAUUUUGUUUCAUAAUAAUCCUUUAAAUCUCUACAUUUUCCUCCGCCAAAACCAACGCCCUUUCUCUGUUUCUUCGGUUUUAGCUUCAAAUUUGUGUUUAAUCUUAUAAAUAAACAAGUUUGAUGGGUGUGCCUCAAACUCCAGCAGCCCCUCCUCAUCUUUAUCCCCAAGCCCUGCAACUCAAGCUUUAUCAGGCCUUCAUAUUCUCCAUUCCCAUUCUCUUUUCUAUUAUUCUCUUUCUUCUUUUCUACUUGUUUUAUCUCAAGAGAAGGGCUUCUUCUCUUUCUUCUUCUUCUUCUUCUUCUCCUCCUCCGAUUCUUCCCACAACUUCUAAUCGACUCACUCUCUAUGUUACAACUGCUUGUCGAGUGGAUUUGAAGGCGGAUAAUCCCAUGGACAAACUUCCCAAGAUCUUUUUCAAUGAAGAGCUAAGAAGCAGGGAUUCUCUGUGCUGCGUCUGCUUGGGAGAAUUCGAGAUAAAAGAGGAAUUGUUGCAAGUCCCAUCAUGCAAACAUGUGUUUCAUAUUGACUGCAUGAAUCUCUGGCUCGCCUCCAACUCAACUUGCCCUCUUUGUAGAUGCUCAGUUAUCCCAACAACCCGAUGUUCUGACCCGCCCGUUCUUGUGCCGCCACAACUAACGCCGCCCCCACCUCCGCCUCCGCCACUGGCUGCCUCAUUGGAACUUCCCCUGGCUUCUAACCAGACUGCAGAGAUGGUAUCAUAUUCACUCCAACAUCCGCAGCUGCAACAACAGAUAGGAUCAAGUCAGAGUAUAUGCUAAAGGCAUUGAUCUGACCUUGCAUUGGAAUCACAGGCGGAGUUUAAAUGGACAAAAACGUGAAGAAUCAGCUGUCCACCAUAAUCAUAUAAAUUUAUAAACAAACAAGCAUUUUGAAACCUCCCCAUUGUAAUCAAAAGUUGGCCAGGCAUUGUGAUCUUCAGACAGCCAAAAUAGUCCUGUUAAAGAUCAGAAUGUGAAGAGCUAGUACUUGAAAAUUGCCAGGUAGAACGAACACUUUCCUGGCUCCCUUCCCUUCAUUGCAAUAACCAAUGAAUAUGGAAUUCAAAUAUGUACGGAAAUAAAAGGUUCUAGUGUUGGGUUUGUGUGUG